AGUCGUCAUGUGCCUAGUGCUACGCUACCAUCUACACGCCACUGCGAUUGCAUGACUACUCAGUUAUGUGACAGAGGUCACUAGAGCCACGAUGGAGUCGUGUCAGUCGCUGCUCCAAUUCGCCAGGAUCCUGCCCAGGGAGGACUACGCGCCAGAAUAUGCCUUCGAAGAAUGCAGCCUUUGUCAAGCAAUGCAACUCGAGCUCACUGGACCUCCCAAGCUCGCCCUCAGAGCUCGGGAGUACGAGGACGACCCUCCGCACGGGCUGUCACAAAAGAGGCCGUCAGUGACGUUGAUGAAGUGGGCGACGGGGGGGACCAAGAGGAAACCAUCCGGGGGGAAGGGAGACUUUCCCCUCAACCAGGACACCCCUAGCAGACAGGUGAGCUUCAACAACGGAGGUGCACGGCCAGGAGUGUACAACAAUCCCACCAGUCCCAUCACGCUACAGUCUGUCCCACGGGCCGAGCCCAUCACCUUGGCCACGCUGGACCGGGACUGCUUCAUCAUCCCUGUGGCCAGCAUAGACAGGUUCCUACCUGCCGGAGUACCUCUUCCCCUACCAACUGCCAAGCCGAGUCAGCUGAGCGUGCUAGAGGUUGACGACCCCAAGUUGUGCGUGCUGAUUCACCUGAUGACCCAGAUGGAGCCUAUAGAGCCAAUCCUGGAGUCUCCUCUGACACGACCCUUGGCCAAGCAGAAGACAGCUGCCUGCGACCUCCUCACAGAGGUGGGCUCUGCCAAGACAGCCAUGGAAGGGAUGUUACUGUCAAAUCUCGAGAGGAACGCUGAGUUUCCCUUCAUCGCUUACUAUCUGAUCAACAAGAACCAAACAGAUCCGAGGGAGUUCUUCUACAACUGCCGAGCGACCUCUCUAAAGAAGUUUGACCCUCAGUGCACCAGGUACACCGCAGCCCACACCUUCGAUCUCUUCAAUGAGGUAGCUACGAUCGCAAGACCUCCGCUAGAGACAGGCACAAAGAGACCAAACAGUGAGGCCACAGGUUACAUAAUCUCAGUGUACAAAGUGUUUGAAGGAGAUGACAGCGAGAAGUUUGAGAAGAAUUGGCUAUACUGGACUGGUGCCCGUAUGAUCUACCGGUACCUCCCCAAGUCUGUGGGGCUUCGAAGGAUAACUCUGCACAAGUCACAGUCCAAUGGUGACAAGUUGUACAUGCUGAUGGUGGAAUGUUCCAACUUCCUACAGGACCUGACUGCAGCAGCCGUGCUGAUACCAGCCUUGCGAGCCCGGCUCUGCGGCUACACGGGUCUUUACAGAACCACCGCAGUCUUCUGAUGUGAUAUCGAGCAUUGUGUUCUUAUUGUUAAUGUUACUCGUAUAUUUUAAGGUAUUUAUAAGUACUGACUGUUUCAAUUUGUGAGUUCCAAUAGAAACCGUGGGGCGUCCAAUACAAAUUGUGAGGUGCAAUACAAACUAUGAGGUCCAAAUAAGUUACAAAUUAUGUAUUUCAACACAAAUUACGAGUCCAACUUUGCACUGGGUGUUUGGGUGGUUUUCUAUGCCACUGGUAUUUUUAGGGUCUGGUAUGGGAGCAAACUAAGCCCUGGUCCUGAAAUUGUUACCAUAUAACGUCAUUCUUUUGUUUUGUUAGAUAGCACUAUCAAAUAAAAAGAUGCCCAAUGAAUAAUAUGACAUCUGUCCAGAAUCAAUAUCAUUUUGCUGCUCAUAAGUCUUUAAAUAACUUUUUUUUUAUAUGUUUUUUUUUACUUUUUGAAAAUAAAUCUGUUGACGUAAACCAAAAACAAAUGCAAUAGAAAUAACACAUUUUGUAUUCUAAAGAAAUUUAGAAUGUCAAUAAAACCUCAUCAAACCUUUCCCAUGCUGUCAACUAGCUGUGUCUUUACAAACACGUAGAGACUUAUAGGUUACACUCAUAAAUUAUUGUUAUUGUUUCAAUAUCUAUUUAGCAUACUUUCUACAUAAAACGGGAACAAACAGCUUUUCUUAAAGCAGAGAGUGAAUUUAUCCCUACAAAGCAAAUGAACCACAUGCAGAGCAAAAUUGUGACUCCUCUUCCCACAAAAUAGGAUUGGAUCACAUUUUGAAACAGUUUAUAAGAUUAAUUUUAUUAUAAUGUGAGAUCUGGUAGAACAGUUUUAUAUUUAUUACUAUGUAAUAAAUUAUAAAUCGAGGUAUGUUACCAUAUAUCUAUAAUUUGUUUUGUACAUUUUUGUUUCAUAAAGCUAAAUGAAGUCACUUUAAAUGAUUCUGAUAAAAUAUGUAUAACACAAUUUUUUCUGUAAGGGUUUAACAUCAAAGUGAUGCAUUUAUAGAAGAAUAAGGGGUUGGUUAAACUAAUUUUGCAAUGUAAUAUUUGAAUAUUUACUGGAAAAUAUACAGCUAGACCACUGGGCAGUUCAACCACAAUGAACUGUGAGAAACCUGGCAUAGUGAUGUUGUGGGUUUGUGUCUCAGUGUCCCUACUACUGUUGUACUACAUAUACCGGCCACUUACUCCUUGCUUUGCUUUUCGUAUUAGAAAAGACUACUAACCUAAAUGAACCGCAUAUAUGUCUCUGGAUCUCACAUAAAGGCUCAAUUUUUACCACUUUACCACUUUUAUUUCCAAUUUCGUUACCAUUAUCAGCCAUUGUACUUGGUAAAAUAGUUUCUUAAGUUAAUUUUAAUUAAAUAUUUUUUACUUGUUAAUAUUUAAAACAAAAAGGUAAUGAGCUCAAGAGCAUCUCAACAUCACCAGUAUUCAGAUUAACUUUUUAGCCCUAAAUUAAAAUUUGUUGAUUCGCUUUAACUCGGCCUUAGAUUAUUAGAGAGUGGGUUUUAAAUUUGCAAUAGCCCUAGCUUAAUCUUGAAUAGCUUACAAAAAUUUUGGAAAUUUCUAAUAGUUUUUGAAUAUUUAAAUAUCCUAGAUAGACAAUACUAGAUGAAUAGGCAAAUUGGAGUAUGUUCAAUACUUGCUUCAUUCAUUAAUUAGUAGUUUAAAACUACAUAAUGGUAAAUAGCUCUUGCUAUGCACAACUUAUCAAGGAUUUUUAUUAUAUAUUUUAAUAGGCAGGCAUGUUUCUUUAAAACCUUUUUUCUCAGCUCGUUUGCAUUGCAAAGAAAAUCUAGGCACACUGUUAGAAAGAUAUUUUACUGUUGUAGAUGUGUAAAAUCCCUUUAUAAAUUAAAAAAAGGCUCAAAAACAACCACAAAAAAUCAAAUUGAAAUUUAAUAAAAAAUUAACAUAUGGGCCAUAUGGGUUGCCAUAUGGUGACGAAAUAACAAUGAAAUAUAAACAUUAAAUCAAAACAAAUUGAAGAAAUUCCAAUCACAUGUUUUGUUUGGAGAAGACAGUACAUUACAUAUUUUUGGUUGAGUUUUCAACCGUUGGACAGCCUCUAGUUUAAAUUAAUUCUAAUUAUUAUUUCCAGUGAUGUUUAGUUAAAAAAUGUCAUGGAAUGUAAACAAAAAUAAUGUAUCUGGUCCCCUUAAAAAUAGAUUCACUGUUAUAUCCUGUAAACUAAGUAUUAUCAUACAAAUAUUCUUUUUUCAUGUAGCUUUCAUGUCUAGUGAUGGCGGCUUAUUUACCAGUAGUGAAUUUUAUUUUUCAAAAUAAAGUAAUAUUUUUAUUUCAUUCCAUAGCUACAAAACCAUGCAAGUUUACAAACUAUUUAAAUAUAUUGUACUACGCAAAUUUUAAUUAAAAUAGUGACCUGUAGAUUGUAACAAUAUUACUCUUAUAUUUACCUUCAUCAUUUUAUGACUCAUAAUUAUUAGCCACUAUUUUCAUUUUACAAUUAAUCAGAACAUGUGUUAUGAUGUUCCAGUGUACAGUACAAAUAAAAUGUUUACUGAUCACAUUGUAAAAAUGUUUAGGUAAAACAGAAAUUAUAUUUCUUCCAGUGACAAAAUCUCCUUGAAUAAUGUUCAGUUAUGUGUAAUAAUAGUCAGAAUAUGUUCCAUAAUGUUUGUUUAUCCCAUACAGACAGACACCCCCCCCCCCCCACAUAUUACAGAUUUUUUUUCAGUAACAUCCCCUUUUCAGCUGUCCUACUGAACAAUUUUUUAUGAUUGAGGUGUCAUUAAAAAGCUUAAUUAAGAUCUAACGAGGGACGAAAGAAUGGCUGGUAACUAAAAAGGUAAUUUCCUUUAGUGCUUUGCCCUCUUCGCCCUCUAGCAUUUGAUUAUUCAUUUUAGCGUUAUAAGAAAAUUACUACGCACUUGCAUAAGAAUGGAUUUUUUAUUAUUAAUCUGAUCUGAUUUGUUUUAUUAAUUGUAUUGUAACUAUCAUACUCAUUGACAAUUGAAUAUAAGCUACAUAUCAUUCUAGCUAAAUACAAUCAUUACUAUACUGUUUGUCAACCGACCACUGCAUCUUACAUCGCUACCAUGAAAUUGGCUUCCACAACUAACUGCUUAAGUGCAUAUUUUAGACUUUAUAAGCAUAAAUGACAUUUUAUAGUGAUUUUAAUAAAUAUAUUUACAGAUUU